AUUUCUUAAAAAAAAAUUGCCGGAUUUAACCUAGUAAUUCAAAAUAUUAAUGAUCAAAGAUUCAUAUUAACUAACAGGGGAAAAAAAUUAAUUAAUGAACUUCGUAAUAAAAGUAGACAAGUAGCUAUUACGACAACUAACAUCCAGUUCAAGUUCAAAGUCUAUAAUGUGUAGCAUUUGGGCCGGUAUUUUCCAUAGUUUGGGUCCCGAUUCAUAUCCAGAUUUCCGAAUCCAUCUAUUGUCGGAUUUAAAGGAAAAAUGAACAAAAACAGGGGAAAAGCUCUGGUGGGAAAAAACAAAAAAGAUUUUGAAUCGUAAAUUCUCAAUUUUGGUUUUUUGCAGAAGAUUUACUUGGGAAAUUCACCCAAUUUCACAAUCAAUUUCUGGUUUUUUCUAGAGGAAAAAAAUGGGGUUGAAGAUAAUGGAUGCUACAGUAGCAAGUUUCAAUGGGGUAUUUGAUAAGUUCAAAGAAGAAGCUGCAAAUAACAAAGCUAAUCUCAUCCUCUUUUUGGGUGACAAUGAUCCUUCUACUAAUCUCAGUUGGUGUCCUGAUCGUGUGACAGCUGAACCAGUGAUUUUGAAGAAGUUGAAAGAAUUUGGAGAAGAUGUGGUGCUUUUGAGAGCUUAUGCAGGAGAUAGACCAACUUGGAGUAACCCUCAGCACCCUUGGAGGGUAGACUCGAGGUUUCAGGUCAAGGAUGUUCCAACCCUUUUUCGCUGGGAAAAUGAUUCUGUUGCUGCGCGUCUGGAGGACUAUGAGGCUCACAUUGUAUCAAAGAUCAGUGCUCUCCUCGGCGAAUUCAAGUGAUCAAAUGUAUGUUGUUUAGUCUUAGAUGCAGAGUUUUUCAACUAAUGCACCCACCCCACCCCCUAAACUGAAAUAAUAAAUUUGCCUAGAUAGUUGUAUCCGAUUCUUAACAAAAACUCAAAACAUGACUGAUGUCUGGUUGCCAGGCUAUUCUGCUGAGUAAUUUGAGGA